CCUUUGUCAGAACCAAGAUAAGAUGAACACUGCUGGUCUGUUGCAGAUGCCGUCGGUCCUCCUCCUUCUCCUGGUUCCCAUGGUAACCAGAUGCACAGAGCUUGUCCUCCCGCUGGACUGCAGCGACAUCUACAGCUGUGACAACAGCCUCCCCAGUGGAGUGUACACCAUCUACCCCAUCGGGGCCACGUCUGCUGUCCAGGUCUAUUGUGACAUGGAGUCACUAGGAGGACAGUGGACGGUGUUCCAGAGGAGGAUGGACGGCUCGGUGAACUUCUACAGGCCCUGGGAUCACUACAAAAGAGGCUUCGGGACCGCCGCUGGGGAGUACUGGCUCGGUAUGGAGAAUAUUUUCCAUCUGACUCAGAGGAAAAGGUACCAGCUGCUGGUUGACAUGGAGGACUUUGAAGGAAACAAGGCAUAUGCGCUUUACUCCUCAUUCUCCAUUGGCCCAGAAUCUGAUGGCUACAUGCUUCACUUAUCUGGAUACAGCAACGGCUCAGCAGGAGACUCUCUAAGUCACGUCGAUGGAUACAAGUUCUCCACAUUUGACAAAGACCAUGACACCUGGGAGAAUAACUGUGCCAGAACUUUCAUAGGGGCCUCCUGGUACUCCAAGUGUCACUCGGCAAACCCUAACGGGGCGUACCGCUGGGGGGCCGACGGCUCCCUGUACGCCGUCGGAGUGGAGUGGGUCAGCUGGAAGGGCCGGGCCUACUCCCUGAAGGCCAUCGGCAUGAAGAUCCGUCCAGUUCAGUAGACCUGCAGGAAACAGGCCCCGGACAUACCGAUGUCUUUGUUAACGAAGCGAUAUGCAUGCUGCGUCAUCUUUGUUUUGUGAAUGUGUCUAGCUUGAAUUACAGUCAGGAGAGGAUCUGGAUCGUGAUCAGCGGUACUCAGGACCAGGUGGCGGAUGGUGCAAAAAGGUUUUGGGGGGCGCAAUCUACCUUGGCAUACAACGGGGUGUACCAGUACACAGGAGGCACGGUUAUGUACCAGCUUGGUACAAUGGGGAAAAAAGAAAGGUAGAAAAUAAUAUUUUGGUCCUUUUUAAUUUUGAAAAAUGUAACCAUCUAAGUUUUAGUGAAGCAGUUCAGUUCUGCUGCAGUGGAAAAAGAAAACUGAACAUAAAGUCGGGGUUUAUCAUUUCAAAAAGUCCACUGUUAUUUUGUUUUGUUCUUCCUGGUUUGGGUUCAGUUUAUUUUACACAUUAGAGAGAAGAAAAACAUGAACAUUCAUUGUUUUGUCUGGAAUUUAUAUUAUUUGAAAAGAUAAUGUUCCUUUCUUUCAGAUAUUUGAUCAACAAAUAUCAUUUCUAAAGCAAGUGUUAUUUAAACUAUUUUAAACUGUCAGGGUUUGACAU